UUAACUUAAUAGGAACCUACUUAGCAGUAAGGAGAUUCAUAGUUUCAUACACUUCAGUUAUUAUAUAAUAUCAUUUUAAUUUUCAGAAAAAACAUAAAAUGUGUAUGAUAAAAACUAAUUGGCAAAUUGAACCAUAAUAUACCGCUCUAAUUUGAGUCGUAGCAGCAGUGGUGUAGUGGUGCCCCGGUGUCCGGUGUGCUGAUCAUUGAUCGAGGUGUAGAUACAGGUUGAUCCUUUAAACUUUUACGACAUUUAUAAUGACUAUCUUACGUUGAAUAGAUCACCCCGUGAUCCUCAAGAUAGUGGAUAACCUUGCCCCUUGGGGUGUUACUGGCUUACUGCUGCAUCCUCGAUGUAGAAAAGAGUAAUAUUUUCUAAAUAGUGGUCACAUUAUAUAAAUAUAAAUAAACCGCCGCUAGAUGGCGUUAGAUGUUUCACGAAAGAGUUAGUUGCCCCAACUUGUAGUGCAGCUCACACUAACGAUACGCCGCCACCGCCGAUGCCGCGAUUUUGUUAAAAGUCGGGUAGACCCUUCUCGUAGCAGCGUUCAGUUCAGUGUACCGAACGGCUCCAUCCGCGAAAGCUGCGGGGCGAUCGGAACACGUGUUGCUGCGCGCUGCUCUCGAUACACGCGACUAAACGAUAUGAUAUUUUAACUUACAAUCACUAUUUUUUUAUACUCGAUCGUUAUUAUUUUAAUGUUAAUAUUAUUUUCUUUAUCUGGUGCUCUCACAUUAUAAAUAUAUUGUCACACGCGUUAACCCAUUCGUUUUUCAGUGUCGCGUACGGUCGUAUCUUAAAACAUAGAAUUUCGCCAAAAAAAUAAGUUUCUGAAAAUUUACUUCCUUUCUGGGGGGAUAAUAUUGUACAAGUAGUGACGCGCUGCACCGCGCGCCGUCUCCGCGACCAAUCGGCGGCGGUGCAGCCGGCGUUCGCGGACCGCACGUUUUGGCUUUGCGGUGUCCACCUGUUGCCAUCUCAUCGAAAGUAGUAGUGACAGAGACAGCGACAUCGGUAGAAGAAGUAGCGGUGGUCAAAUCGCACACUUCAUCAUGUCAUCGCACAGCAGUUCCAUGCGGACGUUCCGGAGUUCCGAUUCGGCCAGCGAGAUCGGAUCGUCCGAGACUUCGUUUUCCGAACGGUCUCAGCCCUACUUUGCUCUGUGUUCGCCCCGAUCCAAGUCGUCCAUUAACGUGUCCAAUAGCGGUAGCGUCGCUGUCGCUGCGGGUCCGGGUAAUACUGUCGGCAGGUCUGGUUCCAUAUCAUCCGGAAUCAACCAUAGUAAUAACAACAACAACAACAACAACAACAACAACAAUAAUAAUAAUUUCAAGCAGUCGGCUGCACAACAACCGCCAACGGUCGCUUACCACCAUCAGCCAUGCCGGCGGUCGUCCAGCGCCAAGGCGGCCAAUAAGCCGCGGCCUGUCGUCCGCCGGGACCUGGGUCACGUCAACUCGUUUCCGGACGCGCACUACAACAUGCAUCACAAGACGCCACCGGGUGGUGGUUCGUCGUCCACGUCGUAUUACACGCCACCAAGGAGCCCGUCGCUGAGCGUGACCACGCCGACCGACGGGCCACCGCGCCGUAGCCCUACAACCCCGUCGUCCAGUGCAGUGUUUAAAUUCCCCUCGUCCGCGGUUUCCGCCACCAUCGCCUCUUCGUCGUCCGGUGGCUCGGCCAUUGUCCACCAUUACGGCCGCAGCGGUGGCACAAACCCAAACACACCGAGGACUCUACCCAGGAGUCCAUCCACCGGCAGUGCCGCUACUUCCACGUCGUACAACACCAACAGUGACAGCGCGUGCAACACCCACAGGUCUGCAUCUGAUUUGACUGAGUGCACGGAGGAAGAUUUAUCCACUAUGCCAGCAUCGGUUUCUAGACCGUCAUCACCAAGAGGCCGGGGUCUAGCGUACUUAGCGUCCCGUCGAAGUAGCCGUGAUUCUCAAUUUUCUAACGAAGAAUUAGCACCACUUAACUUCAAUGCCACAGCUCGAGGGAGGCAAAGAAGAACCUCCAAUUUCUUGGAGCUCCCAGUUCCGGAUCACGUAAGGCCUCGUGUUUGCAGUCUUCCAGAGAAACCAUACAAUCCAAGGUCUGGGGACGAGUUGUACCGACUCCGUACUUUUAGUAUAACUAAUAAAGGUGGCGUGGUGAAUUGUGGUGAUAGUAUUAUAAACAGAAGAUCCAGAAGUAAUACCAGCGUCAAUUCAACAACUAGCAAACAUAGCCCCAGUAACCUAAGCGGGAUAUCACCUUUUGACGGUUCGUGUUGUGGUGGAAAUAGCAGCUACAAUGAUCUAAGCUCUGGAGAGUCUAGCGUUGCCGAAGAGAUACCCAAGUACAGAGUGGUACUUCUCGGCGAAUCUGGUGUCGGCAAAACGGCGUUGGUUUCGCAGUUCAUGACAUCUGAGUACAUGAAUACGUACGACGCAUCCUUAGAUGACGAGUUUGGUGAAAAAACAGUUUCCAUACUACUGGAUGGCGAAGAGUCUGAAAUGGUGUUCAUUGAUCACCCUAGCAUCGAAAUGUCGGUGGAAAAUUCAAUCGCUACAUACGAACCACACGCUUGUAUUGUGGUUUACUCGGUGGUGUCUAAAGGAUCGUUCAAAGUAGCCGAAGAAAUAUUAAACUAUUUGUGGCAAGAGAACUACACUCGCGAGAAGACGGUCAUUGUGGUCGGCAACAAGGCGGACCUGAUGAGAGCAAGAUGUAUUACUACCGAAGAGGGAAAACAAUUGGCAUGCUCGCGGGAAUGUAAAUUCAUUGAAACCUCGAGUGGUAUUCAACAUAAUGUGGACGAGCUGUUGGUGGGUGUGUUGAAACAAAUCCGUCUGCGUGAGACCAGAGACAAAAAGAAACAGAACCAACGGAAAACGGCUAUACACGGAUCGAAAACUUCACUGUCAUUACAUAUCGCAAAAGAAAUAUUGCAAAAAAUGUGUUUACUCGAUUCCAAGUCGAAAUCUUGCGGAAACCUUCACGUACUCUAAGUCGAAUAAUAACUAUAAUUUUAAUAAAACUCGACGUUUUCUGUACUCCUAUUUUUAAUUUACUAAUGCUCGUAUACUAUAUAUAUAUAUAUUAUGUAUAACUACUUGUGUAUAAACGCGCCUGAAACAAUCCUUGAUACCUACUUUGUACUUACUUCUUUACAGGGACGGAGUGGGUGAGACACUACACGGUUCAGUAACCAUGUGAUAUUUGUAAGAGAUACCUAUCGAUUGAUGAUUUAAACCGACUUUAUACAGGGCGUCGGUCUAUUUUUGAGUGACUGGCAAAAGGGCUGCUGCUGUAAAACAUUUAUCACUUUUCUUCGGUGUAUUCCUAUAUAUACGUAUUUUUGUAUUUUCGCGAUCUUACUGAAACAAAUACGCGAAUGUUUCUAAUACGCUUCCAGGGCCAUGUAAUCCUAUUAAGGUCGGAGGGACUAAUCCCUCGCCCUUCUCCAUUGACUGUUCUAUUUUUUCCUGUGAUAUAAUAUUAUACACAUUAAACAUUUCAAUCCUAGUUUCUAUCGAUCAUUUACCAGAUAAUAAUAAUAUAAUAUAAUAUCAUCAUCAUACAAAAAUAUAUGUAUUAUUAUUGUUAUAUCAUUUAAUCAAUUAUUUAAUAAUAUUAUUACAUUUGAUAUAAGUUGCCAAAACAAUAUUAUACAAAUAACAGUUGAUAAAAUUUAGAAAAAUUAUUCUUCCUGAAACCAAUACCUACAAUGUUGGUAGAAUAUUAUUUUAUUUUAUUAUUGUGAUUUUCAGAUAGGUUCAUAUUAUUAUAUGUAUUGUAGACAAACAGAGUAUGGUCAA